AUGAAGCGGUCUAUCGAAUCGUCAACCUCAACUCUUUCACCUAAACCAGCUAAGAGGCAAGCCAGUCUAGCUGGUUUUCUCCAACCGAAAUCCAAAAUAACCCCGACUUCACCUCGUACUGUCAAGUCCACUCGUCAAAACCGAAUUGAGCAAGGAGAUGGGAAGAGCGAGGACAAACCUAUCACACUGGUCGAAGACGAAGAUCAAGAUGAAAAUAAAGACGAUGUCCAAAACCAGCGUCCAUCCCCCGGUAUCAUACUCAAUAAAGGUAAAUCCAAAGCUGUAGAAUACAAAUCGACAGACGAAGAUCUAUCAAUAAAUUGGCCUUCUACCAUACCAAAUCAUCCAUAUCAUCUACCUCCAAAUCCAACUUUCAAUCACCCUUUCACACUAUCACAAAUACCAUCCAAUCUAAAACCAAUAAACUUCAAUGUCCAUCCGCAGAUAAUACACAAUCCAACUACCGAAUUAGAUUUGUUGUAUUAUAAAGGAUUUAUAGAUCCUGCAUUAUCUACGAAACCAUUAAUGGAUUAUCUAUUGAACGAAUUGCCUUGGUAUAGGGUUAAGUAUACAGUCAGAGGUAUAAAUAUAAAUACACCUAGAUAUACUACUGUUUUUGGGAAAGAUAGUACUAUAAUUCCGUGGACAGGUUAUCAGAAAUGCAAUCCUAGAGCUAUACCUGAAGUCUUACAAAGAUUAAUGAGGAAAGUCGAGCAAGUUACAUCAUCAACAUUCAAUUUUUGUUUAGUAAAUUAUUAUUCAUCAGGGGUAGAUUCAAUAUCCUAUCAUUCAGAUUCUGAGUCUUUCUUAGGACCUAAUCCUACUAUAGCAUCAUUGACACUUGGUUAUCCUCGUGAUUUCUUAUUAAGACAUGUAAAUUACAAGAAUCAUCCAAGGACGGGAAAAGCUGUCGAAAUCGAAAAAUUCGUUUUGGAAGAUGGAGAUAUGGUAGUUAUGAAAGGUAGAACUCAGCAUGAAUGGCAACAUUCAAUACCCAAACGAAAAUUAGCAAAAGGUAGAAUAAACAUUACGUUUAGAAAAGGUAUAGUCAAAUACGCAACAGAAAAUUAUUACCAGUACAAUGUAGGUAAAGGCGAGUUAUAUAGAUGGGAUAAAUCGAUUGGUGAGAUGAAAGAAGUUAAAUAA